AUGACUGUCCUUUUUCUGAAAGCGGCACUUCUUGUAUUGUGUGCCAGUGCUGAUGGCGGGAACAUGAAGCACAGCCUCAGGAGAACAAACCUGCAGAGCCACAAACAUGGCACUCCGCUCUUCAAGAAGAUGCUAGAUGAAACUAAGACACAUGCGGUCAAAUCAGAGCACCUGCUGAGUGUGGAGGAUCACGACUUCACCAUGAGGCCAGCAUUUGCAGGUCCAGCAGUGCCAGUUGGUGUGGAUGUGCAAGUCGAGAGUCUGGACAGCAUAUCAGAAGUCGAUAUGGACUUCACCAUGACUUUGUACCUGAGACACUACUGGAAGGACGAGCGACUGUCUUUUCCCAGUAAACACAAUAAGAGCAUGACUUUUGAUGGCCGGUUGGUGAAGAAGAUCUGGGUGCCUGAUGUGUUUUUUGUCCACUCGAAGCGCUCCUUCAUCCACGACACCACCACAGAGAACAUCAUGAUCAGGGUUUAUCCUGACGGACACGUGCUCUACAGCCUCAGGGUGACCGUAACUUCAGCGUGUAACAUGGACUUCAGUCGGUUCCCGCUGGACACUCAGACCUGCACACUGGAGCUGGAGAGCUAUGCGUACACCGAUGAAGACCUGAUGCUCUACUGGAAGAGCGGAGAUGAGUCUCUGAGCACAGAUGACAAGAUCUCUCUGUCUCAGUUCCUCAUCCAGAAGUUUCACACCACCUCCAGACUGGCUUUCUACAGCAGCACAGGUUGGUACAAUCGUCUUUACAUCAACUUUACUCUGCGCCGCCAUAUAUUCUUCUUCCUGCUUCAGACGUAUUUUCCCGCCACUCUGAUGGUCAUGCUGUCAUGGGUGUCCUUCUGGAUCGACCGGCGAGCUGUUCCUGCCAGAGUCUCUUUAGGCAUCACGACGGUGCUCACCAUGUCCACCAUCAUCACCGGAGUGAACGCCUCCAUGCCCAGGGUCUCCUACAUCAAAGCUGUGGACAUUUACCUGUGGGUCAGCUUCGUCUUUGUCUUUUUAUCUGUACUUGAGUAUGCUGCUGUAAACUACUUGACCACAGUGCAUGAUGGGACAGAUCGCAAGUUGAGGCAGAAGACUUUAUCUGGCACAUGUGACAUAUCCAGCAUGAGGACUAUGAUGCUGGAUGAAGCGUACGGUAGGCCUGAUAGCAAUGGUCUUGCGGGAUAUACUCAGGCCCCCGUCUCCUCUGAGGAGCCUGCAGAGAAACUGGACCCCAUGGCAGUGUGUCUGUCGAUAGGCCCAGAGGUCAAAGGAGCCAAGAAGAGGACGCUCAGAGGACUGCGGAUCAUCCAGAACACUCACGCCAUUGAUGCCUACUCUCGCAUGAUCUUCCCAGGGGCCUUUAUAUUCUUCAAUCUCAUCUACUGGUCUAUUUACCUCUGAGUGAUCAUGGCUGUCACAUAUUUUACUACUUACAGUUGAGGUCAGAAUUAUUAGCUCUCCUGUUAUACUUUCAUUGCUUUAAUUUUCCCCCAAUUUCUCUUCAACACAUUUCUAAUCAUAAUAGUGUUAAUAACUCAUCUCUAAUAAGUGAUUUAUUUUCUCUUUGCCAUGAUGACAGCACAUAAUAUUUGACUGGAUAUUGACUAGUAUUCAGCGUAAAGUGACCUUUAAAGGCUUAACUAGGUUAAUUAGGGUAAAGUUAGGGUAAUUAGGCAAGUUAUUGUAUAACAGUGGUUUAUUCUGGAGACAAUCCAAAACUAAUAUUGCUUAAAGGGGCUAAUAAUAUUGACCUUAAAAUGACUUUAAAACAAUCUGUAACACUUUAUUUUGAUGGUCUAUUUGAGUAUUAGUAGACUGUCAGCUAAUACUGCUCCUUUAACAGACAUUUAACUGACUAUAAGAAACUUUACAAGUACAUGUCAACUUACACUAACCCUAACCCCAACCCCAACCUAACAGUCUACUUAUAAUCUAAUGAGAAUUAGUUGGCAUGUAGAUGCAAUGUAACUAAAUUCAACAAACAGACCAUCAAAAUAAAGUGUGACCAAACAAUUAAAUCCUGCUUUUAUUCUGGCCGAAAUAAAACAAAUAAGACUUUCUCCAGAAGAAAAAAUAUUAGAGGAAAUACUGCGAGAAAUUCCUGAAUCUGUUCAACAUCAUUUGGGAAAUGUUUGACAAAGAACCAAAAUUCACAGGAGGGCGAAUAACUCUGACUU